CCACAGCAAGCCGGCCAUUUAUCUAUCUAUCUAUGAUGCCAUCAUACUAGUAGCAGUAUUUUCUUUCUCUUUGGAACUGAAACUAUUUAUAUUGCUUUAUCCUGCUUUAGGUUUCCUUUGUCCCCGUGGUAUUCCUAUCUCCUCUCCUCUUUUCUUCUGUGUCCCUGUGUCCUCUGGGUGGAUGGAUCUCAUCAACAACAAGAACAAUAAAUAACCCCUCUGCAUGUUUUGCUGCUCUGCUCUGCUCUCUCCUCCCAAAGAAAGCAGCUUGCUUGGAGGGAUUGGGGUUUCCAAGCUCCUGGCUUGUUGAGCACAAGCAGCAAAGCAAGCAAGCAAAUCAAGAACAACAACAACCAACGAACGAAACUCGAACUGGUAAUCACAAUCCUCGUGCUGCUGCUUGCUGACGACGAGGUCUUGAAUCGGGGAUCUGCAAUCUUGUGGCAAAAAAACGUAAGAAUGAUGACGACAUGAACGACGAUUGAAACAGGGGGAUUCGAUCUGUGCGAGAACCGUAAUGAUGGGAACAGAGUGCAUAACUGCCUCACUUGGCGAGGAUCCUGAGCCCUCAAUUCCACCUGGAUUCGGACCUUUUGCUGCCCUUGCGUUGCAGGGAAUCCAAAAGGAUGUCAAGCCUGCCGAUGCUCACUCUAGUUCUGUUCACGUAUUUCAGAGCAGUGAGAAACAUGUUGAAUCUUUGGAAUGCCAACCCUAUUCAGCUCAGAGUCGGAAUGACACACUCUGCAGUACUUCUGGGAGCCAUACAUGUAGGAAAUCGCUGCGUAACAGACCUCCAAUAGAUUAUAGCCGCUUUGACAAUAUCUCAGAUGAAGAUUCCGAUGUUGAAGUAGCAGAAAAGGGUGUAACUUCAGUGAGACGCAGACAACAAUUACCAAAAGGGGUUAUUCGGGGAUGUGCAGCAUGCAGUGACUGUCAAAAGGUUAUUGCAAGAUGGGAUCCUGCUGGUGCACGGAGGCCUUUUCUUGAUGAGGCUCCUGUUUACCAUCCUACUGAGGAGGAAUUUAAGGACACUCUAAAAUAUAUCGAGAGUAUACGGCCAACAGCAGAGCCAUAUGGGAUUUGCCGUAUUGUUCCCCCGCCUUCGUGGAAGCCGCCGUGCCUUCUUAAAGAGAAGAGCACAUGGGAAAGCUCAAAAUUUUCUACACGGGUACAAAAGGUUGACAAGCUCCAAAACCGGACCUCAUCCAAAAAGAGCAGAAGAGGUGGAAUGAUGAAGAAGCGGAGAAAGCUUUCAGAGCCAGAAGAAAACAGUGAUCUUAAUCAAAGUCAGACCGGGGUGCAACAAAACUCAGAAAGAUUUGGAUUUGAACCUGGACCAGAGCUCACACUACAUAAAUUUCAGAAGUACGCAGAUUACUUCAGCGAGCAGUACUUUAGGAAAGAUGCCAUGAAUUCACCACCAUCAGUGGAAGAUAUUGAAGGCGAAUAUUGGCGUAUAGUUGAAAAUCCCACAGAAGAGAUUGAGGUGAUUUAUGGCGCUGAUUUGGAGACAGGAAGUUUUGGCAGCGGUUUUCCAAAGUUAGCGCCUGAGAUGAAAUCUGAUGUUGAGGAUAAAUACGCACAAUCUGGUUGGAAUCUAAACAACUUGCCUAGACUACAAGGGUCAGUUCUUUCUUUUGAGGGUGGUGACAUUUCUGGUGUGUUGGUGCCUUGGGUGUAUGUUGGCAUGUGCUUUUCAUCUUUCUGCUGGCACGUUGAGGAUCAUCAUUUAUACUCCCUAAACUACUUGCAUUGGGGUGCCCCAAAGAUGUGGUAUGGAGUUCCAGGAAAGGAUGCUGUGAAUCUGGAGUCUGCAAUGAGGAAACAUCUACCUGACUUGUUUGAGGAGCAACCUGAUUUGCUUCAUAACCUGGUUACUCAAUUUUCACCAUCACUACUUAAAUCUGAAGGAGUACAAGCCUACCGUUGUGUUCAACGUGAGGGCGAAUUUGUCCUGACAUUCCCGCGAGCGUACCAUGCUGGUUUCAAUUGUGGCUUCAAUUGUGCAGAAGCUGUUAAUGUUGCGCCUAUUGAUUGGUUGCCAGUUGGACAAAAUGCUGUGGAGCUUUAUCGCGAACAAGCUCGGAAAAUAACUGUUUCCCAUGAUAAGCUGUUGCUGGGGGCUGCAAGAGAAGCAAUAAGAGCUCAGUGGGAUAUCCUAUUUCUGAAGAGGAAUUCUGCUGAUAAUUUGAGGUGGAAAAGUGUAUGCGGACCUGAUAGCACUAUAUGCAAAGCACUCAAGGCACGAAUUGAGACGGAGUUGGCGCAAAGGCAAAAUCUAUGCUCCCCAUCUGAAUCUAGGAAAAUGGACGCUGAAUUUGAUUCCACUGAUAGGGAGUGUGCCUUUUGUUACUAUGAUUUGCAUCUUUCUGCUUCUGGCUGUUCAUGCUGCCCAGAAAAGUAUGCUUGCCUUUUACAUGCAAAGCAGCUUUGCUCAUGUGAUUGGGACAAAAGAUUCUUCCUAUUCCGAUAUGAUGUCAAUGAGCUCAAUAUCUUAGCUGAUGCUUUGGGGGGCAAGUUGAGUGCUGUUCACAGAUGGGGUGUCUCUGAUCUUGGCUUAAGUUUGAGCUCAUGUGUCAAAAGAGAAAAGGCCACUGAUUCCAGGACUGUUCGCAGAUCAACUGAUGGCCCAAGAAGGUCCUAUAUGUCACAGGCGUCAACAGUAUCCUUGGUACCUUCGUCUGCUUCCAGUGAACAGAAAGAUAAGGGAAAUAAGAUGCUGAGCUUAGCUAGUCCGGAGACUAAUAAUGCUUGCCCUUCUGCAGAGCAGAUGAAACCGGGAAAUGUUUCACCAUCAAAGGAGCCAUGCGUGAAGAAUGAUACAUCAUGCCCAACAAACAGUGUUGCCAACAUAUUGCGGUAUAAUGGAAGGCUUGGAGACCAGAGAAGCUCUGCAACCAUCUUAUCUAGCCAAUCAUUUUCUUCCAAUGUUGUGACGAGACCCUUCAAUACUUCAAGUGAAUCUAUGAAAAGUUUGCAUGGUUUGGCAGGAUUGAAAGGGAGUGGAGAAUCUUCUCUUCAAACUGGAAAUUGUAGAUCAUCACAUGGUGAGCAUCAUAACAGGUCACCUACUAUGAUUCAUGAUAGAACCAACAUGAAUCCCAGUUUAGAAAGCUCAAAUACAUCCCAUAGGUUGAUCGCAUCUGACUCUAAUGCAACUCUGUGUCACUCGGACAAGGAUCAUGGUCUUGUAACACCAGAUACUAAUGCCUCGGUAAUGAGUGAGAAAAGCAGCAGCCAGGUCCGUACUGUGCCAAGCCAGCAGUUUGAUAAAAAUAUUGCACGGACACAGGGUGCGUCACAGGAAGCAUCCGUUAGUGUCUCUGUUUUAAAGCCACUCGUAGAUCCUUUUGCUGUGAAAAAUCCACAUGGGUUUUUUACUUCAGGCAAUGCCCAUCAUGGACAUUUGACUUCAGUCAAUCAGCAACCAAGCGAUGGAUGGCUUGAAAGGAAAUCUGAAUCACAGUCUGCUGUAGAAGGUAGGGCCAGGGGACAUCCAUCUGUCUUAGCACAACCUGUUAUGGAAAUUCACAACAGGAAUGGAGUGGCACAGAGGGGUCCUCGCAUAGCAAAUGUCGUGCAUCGGUUCAGAAGUUCUGUUGAACCUCUGGAAAUUGGCCUUGUAUUAUCAGGGACGUUGUGGUCUUCAAGUCAAGCAAUCUUCCCCAAAGGGUUUAGGAGCAGAGUAAAAUACUUCAGCAUUGUGGACCCAAUGCAAAUGGCAUACUACGUUUCUGAAAUAUUGGACGCUGGGUUGCAGGGACCUUUGUUUAUGGUUACUUUAGAGAAUUGCCCGGGUGAAGUUUUCAUCAAUGUGUCCCCGACCAAGUGUUGGAACAUGGUCCGGGAAAGGCUGAACAUGGAAAUCCGAAGACAACUAAGCAUGGGAAGACCUAACCUUCCUACUCUGCAGCCCCCGGGAUCAAUCGAUGGUCUUGAAAUGUUCGGGCUUUUAUUACCAGCAACAGUCCGGGCAAUCGAGGCACAAGAUAGAGACCGUAACUGUACUGAAUAUUGGAGAUCCAGACCCCAUGCGGUCAUUGACGAUCGAGACAUUCACCAUACCCUGGGUCCAUCGAAUAUUGCUCUGAGGGGGCUGUUCAAGAGGGCUAGCCCCGAAGAACUGCGAGCGCUGCGAGGUCUACUGGCAAGCAAUAGCAAUCUGGAUGAUAGCUCCAGGCAGCAGGCUACACAUAUCCUGGAUGAGGAGAUUGCAAAGCAUUGGCGCUGACAAGAGUAAAUAUUAGCCGAGUGUUGUAUCUUAGACGGCAUGAUUUUUUAUUUUAUAAAUUGGUGGAGCGAGUUUCUUUCUUAUCUUCUAUGAACAUGUUGAUCCUUGUGGACAACUUGGCAUGGCAUAUCUCUUUGUCUGCUUCUCAUGUAUAAGAUCAUUCUGUACUGGACAUCUGGGCAUCAUCUCUUUAAAGUCUAAAUGCCAUGACAAUGGUUUCCAUUUGUUUUUCAUU